GUGAAAAGUAGCCACGCCCUGCUGUCAAAAUGGCAGCCAAGUGUGAUUGUGGGCAUCAGGAUUUAUCUUGGAUAAACUGCUCGCUUUGUAGAUCAGGCAGAACUGGUUUAGAUACCUACCACAGGGCUUUAGCCAAUCUUUACAAUAAUUCUUUAAAUCAAACGACAAGAGAUACCAAAUAUGAAGGAAAACAACUAGAGGAAGGAGAGAACGAGGUCAAGCCAGACUUAAACGAAGCGUUCUCUUCAGUGAUGAGGUAUUUAAACAUGGCAUCUAGCGAAUGUGAAAAAUAUCAUUGCUCAUACAAGUCACACCCACCUGGCUCACGUCAAGAAAAACAUCAAGCGAGAUACCACACUUCUCCUGAUCCUGUUGGUAAUUCAUCUCAAAAAACAUGUCAUGUACACGUUGAAGCAUGCCCAGGCACUUAUUCAGUCACUGCCAUGAAGCAUUAUAAGAGUAGUGAAAAAUCAAAAAAAUCUGUUAAAUUAGAACACGGGAAAUCUGUGAGUGUUAGUUUUGACUUGUAAAUUAAUAAUUGAUUUUUAAUUUUUUUUAAUCCACCAAUUUGAUUUUUAUUGUUCAUAAUUAUUAUUGUAUUAUAGUUUUAUUGAAUGACUAGCAAUUAAUUAAUAAUUAAUUUAAUUGAUUUGUGGUUAUUAUUAAAUCUUAAGUGUCUACUAUUAA